AGCGGCGCACUGUAGCACUGCACCACCGGGCCGGCCUUUAUAUGAUGCUUUUGUGAUCAUUUGUAAUUGGAUCCUUGAACAUACACUCCCCCUCACCGUCACCCUCUAGAAUUGUCCAUCGGGGUUUAGUUUCCAUAUUUAUUGCCCUUUCAUCACCUCUCAGUCCAUAUAUUCUGAAGUUGGCCCUUGGUUUGGAUAUUCCAAAUUACUUCUCCUAAGGUACAGAUUUACUGCCAGCUACAUUUUUGCAUCUAGCCCUAGAGCUGUUUCUUCCUUCCAUGAUGUUGAGAUUUUUUUUUGAUCAGAGGAAUUACAGUUUAUUUCGCUUUACAUUUCUUGGAUAUUUGCAUCCUUCCAUUACUGCUCUCAGGCACAAAACCUCAUAGAAGAGAUCCGGAAACCUCUGCAACAACUGAGGGACAGCAAUGGUCAGGCAACAUGAGCUCAUUCUUAAUUUGUCUUAAUGAUUUAUUAAAUUAUUACUCUUAAAUUUUAAACUUGGAUUUUUGUGAAUUUUACAUUCUCCUUUGAGCAGUUUCAAUUCAGGGCCCAGACUGACUGUUUAGAACUUCCCAGUUAUCAGAGAAGAAAUCCCCUCUGAUUUCCCACAAGGCAAAAUAGUGUGGGUUGAUGCAUAUUGAGCUACUUGUGUGCUUAUCAUAGAGUGGUCAUGGUAAAUGCUCAGAACUUUCCCAGAGGGGAAUCACAUUAACGCAAAGAUGCAAAAUAAAAAGGUGUAUCUUAACUUAAAUUUCAGGGUGCUCCCUUGAUUAUAUAUGAUUUCAUUAUUUUACAGAACUGUGAGAAGAGUUUGUGGUAUAUUUUCCUUAAAAACUUGAUUUUUUAAAAAUGACCCCCUUCCCCAUUUUCAGAGUGAAUGGUUUGCCAGGAGAGUAGAAGGAGGCUGUAGAGGCCUACUUAAAUAACUGAGCUAUUUUGUGUGUUUUAUGCACUUGCCAUGAAAGUGUCAAGAAUGGAAGUGGAUCCAGGAGGUCUUCCCCAGAACCCACCUGUCAUAUAACACCAAGUUGCUUGGGGGUGAGGUAGAGCAGAGAAAACUCUUUUAAUGGUUUUUUAUUAUGGACUUCAACAAAGCUGUGUCAAUUCCCUUGGCUUUACAGACUAUUGCCCAGAAGAAAAGAUGUUUGGUUUUCACAAGCCAAAGAUGUACCGAAGUAUAGAGGGCUGCUGUAUUUGCAGAGCUAAGUCCUCCAGUUCUCGAUUCACUGACAGUAAACGCUAUGAAAAGGAUUUUCAGAGCUGUUUUGGGUUGCAUGAGACUCGUUCUGGAGACAUCUGUAAUGCCUGUGUCCUGCUUGUGAAAAGAUGGAAGAAGUUGCCAGCAGGAUCAAAAAAAAACUGGAAUCAUGUGGUAGAUGCAAGAGCAGGACCCAGUCUAAAGACUACGUUGAAACCAAAGAAAGUGAAAACUCUAUCUGGAAACAGGAUAAAAAGCAACCAGAUCAAUAAACUUCAGAAAGAAUUUAAACGUCACAAUUCUGAUGCUCAUAGUACCACCUCAAGUGCCUCCCCAGCUCAGUCUCCUUGCUACAGUAACCAGUCAGAUGAUGGCUCAGAUACAGAAAUGGCUUCUGGCUCUAACAGAACACCAGUUUUUUCCUUUUUAGACCUCACAUACUGGAAAAGACAGAAAAUAUGUUGUGGGAUUAUCUAUAAAGGCCGUUUUGGGGAAGUCCUCAUCGACACACAUCUGUUCAAGCCUUGCUGCAGCAAUAAGAAAACAGCUGCUGAGAAGCCAGAGGAGCAGGGGCCAGAGCCUCUGCCCAUUUCCACUCAGGAGUGGUGACUGAGGUUUAUGUAAAAGGGGAACAAAACAUGAUUUAAAUUUUGAAAAGAC